UAGUUUGGGACGACAGACUUAAAGGACACAGCAGGAGCAGAUUUAGUAUCCAGGGGCUAGAUAUCCCCAAAUCACUUAUUUAGCAGGGAUCAGGGAGCCCAGGCAAUACUACAUUCCACUCAGUGUCUGGAGAUCAUCUACCCAGCCUGGAGCUUCUGGUGCAGGCCAGGACCCAAGGCCCCUAGAAGAGCCAGCCCAGGGAACUGAAUUCCCAGUGUCUUCCCAGAGCAGAGUAUGACUUCACUCUUGCCGCUGCUGCUGGGCCUCAGCCUGAGCUGUACCGGAGCAGGUGGCUUUGUGGCCCAUGUGGAAAGCCAGUGUCUGUUGGAUGAUGAAGGGACUCCAAAGGAUUUCACGUAUUGUGUCUCCUUCAACAAGGAUUUGCUGACCUGCUGGGACCCAGAGCAAGGCUUGAUGGCCCCUCGUGAAUUUGGGGUGCUAAAAGCCUUGGCCACUUACCUCUCAGCAUACCUCAACAAACAAGAAAACUUGCUCCAGCGUUUGCAAAAUGGGCUCCAGGACUGUGCCACGCAUACCCAGCCCUUUUGGGGGUCACUGACCCACAGAACACGGCCACCAUCUGUGAAAAUAGCCCCGGUCACUCCUUUUAACACGAGAGAGCCUGUGAUGCUGGCCUGCUAUGUAUGGGGCUUCUAUCCAGCUGAUGUGACUAUCACAUGGAGGAAGAAUGGGCAGCCCAUUCCCCCUCACGGCAGUGCCCAGAAGACUGCCCAACCCAGUGGAAACUGGACAUACCAGACUCUCUCCCAUUUAGCUUUAACCCCUUCUUUUGGAGACACCUAUACCUGUGUGGUGGAGCACAUUGGAGCUGUUCUGCCCAUCCUUGAGGACUGGACUCCUGGGCUGUCUCCGAUACAGAAGGUGAAGGUUUCCGUGUCUGCAGUGACUCUGGGCCUGGGCCUCAUCAUCUUCUUUCUUGGUUUGAUCAGCUGGUGGAGAUCUAGAUUCUUUAUAGGCUAUACUCCUGUCCCUGGGUCCAAUUAUCCAGAAGCUCUGCACAUUUCCUAGAGGCAAAAAAUCCUACAGCUUCCACUCCAAGAGAGGAGAUUCUUCCCCAAUACCCUCAAAUCCCCAGAGUCUUCUUGGGUCCUGUGGUUUCUCCGUUCCUGUAAACUUUAGCAACUUGGGGCCCUCAUUUCUAUGAAUAUUCCAUCGCUAAAUUAUCGCCGAAGGCUAUAUUCCUAGGGUGAACAUAACCUGGGGAGGGAGGUUAAGAGACCUUUUUGGGGGCCUCUCUGUGCCACAGAGGACAUCAAAACUCUGGUGACCACCUCUGAGAAAUAAACUCCAGUGGGAAUACUGUUUA